AUGGGGCUUUUAUUCAGCCGAAUUUUCGAUUCUGUCUACGGGGUGGAGGCUCGUAUUCUCCUCGUGGGUCUCGAUGCCGCUGGAAAAACAACCUUUCUAUAUAGGCUGAAGAAUAAUGAAACAACUUUCACCAUCCCCACUGUGGGAUUCAAGGUAGAGACUCUUAAAUCCUUUAACAAUGUCUCUUUCAACAUGUGGGAUGUUGGUAGACAAAACCGUAUCUCAGGUCUAUGGAAGCACUACCAUACCAAUACUGAUGGGCUGAUUUUUAUGGUGGACAGUAUGGACUGUUAUCGUUUUGAAGAAGCCAGGCUUGAAUUAGAGGCAUUACUGGAAGCUGAUGAUUUGCGAGGAGUGCCUUUGAUGCUGCUGGCCAACAAACAAGAUUUGCCGGAUGCACGACCUUCCAUGGAAGUUGCAGAAAGGAUGGGAGUGAAAAAAAUAUCUGGACGCAACUGGCGUAUUCAGGGUUGCUCUGCUAUAAGUGGUGUGGGGAUCCCUGAGGCCAUGGAAAAACUAUCUGAGAUGGUCAAGGAAUAUCGGAAAACUAAGAGGUCCAUCUGA